AUGAGCCUUCGGAUUUUGCGAAAAAUGGUGAAUUACAAAUCGGCGUUCGUGCUUGCGCCUAUGGUGCGGAUCGGAGAUUUGCCGACCAGACUGCUUUCGUUGAGAUACGGUGCGGACCUUGUAUGGGGACCUGAGAUCAUCGACAAGAAGCUAUUAGUUUGCGAGAGGGUGGAGAAUAAAAAACUGGGCACGGUGGACUUUAUCACCCAGUCGAACAACGAUGAUGCUGUGAGCAAUUUGGUUUUCCGCACGUUCCCUGCGUUGGAGACGAAUAAGCUGAUUUUUCAGAUGGGCACUGCAGAUGCAGACUUGGCGGUUCAGGCCGCCAAAACUGUUAUAAAAGACGUCUCAGGAAUAGACAUCAAUGCCGGGUGUCCAAAGCACUUUUCUAUUCAUUCAGGAAUGGGGGCGGCUUUGCUUUCGACGCCUGACCUGCUAGUGGACAUUCUGACACGCCUGGUGAACGAGGUGGGUAAGCCUAACGAGAAACCGAUCAGUGUCAAGAUUAGGAUUUUUGAUGACAAAGACAAGACUCUGGAGUUGGUGUCAAGACUUUUGGAUACAGGGAUCGCCAACCUGACAGUGCAUUGUCGUACCAAGACCAUGAGGAACAGAGAGAAACCUAUACGAGACUUUGUUCCCGAUAUUAGAGACAUGUGUCGCGCCAAAAAUGUGACUUUCAUCAUCAACGGUGAUGUGAAAGAUUACAAAGAAUAUGCGGAAUUGCAGAAUGUUUACGGCGAAGAUGUAGGUUGCAUGGUAGCUUCCGCUGCUGAACUAAACCCAUCUUGUUUCCGCAAGGAAGGUCCUUUACCGUGGAUGCAAGUUUGCAGAGACUAUGCAGAUGUUUGCGAGCAGUUCGAGACGUACAAGUCUGUGGCGAAAUAUUGCAUGUCCAGGCUUAUUCCAAAGGGAAACAAGAGCAAAUCCGCUCGUGUGAGGCUCUCUGCGGCGAAGAGUCUGGAAGAAAUUGUCACGUUAUUCAGAGAUGAAUUGAACGACGAGGGUGAAUUGGUUCAAGAGGACUCUGAGAAAGGUACUGAAAAACGUAUUGACAAAGCUUCUGAAAAAGAUACCGAAAAAGAUACUGAAAAAGCCCGCUCUACACUCAACACCAAGAGACCAGCGCAUGUCUUGGAAAGCGCCAGCACCAGCAUGGAGAAACGGGUUAAAGCAUGA